UAUCAUAGAUGCAUAUGAAACUGCCAAGCUGCUUUGUGACCAAUAUUAUUAUGGACUCUCCAACACUAGAAGUGGACCAACACAAUGCUGUAAGUGGUUCAGGAGCAGUCCAUAUCAUUUAUGUGCCAUCACAUCUGUACCACAUGCUGUUUGAACUUUUCAAGAAUGCCAUGAGAGCUACUGUGGAAAAUCAUGAAUUGAGUCCAAGUCUACCCCCCAUUAAAGUAAGAGUUUCACUGGGUGGAGAAGAUGUCACGAUAAAGAUGAGUGACAAAGGUGGUGGUGUCCCCUUGAGUAAGAUAGACCGGUUGUUCAGUUACAUGUACAGCACAGCUCCUACACCUCACUUGGGAACUUCUGGAGGUGCACCAUUGGCUGGUUUCGGCUAUGGGCUGCCAAUUUCAAGACUUUAUGCCAAGUACUUUCAAGGAGACCUUCAGCUCUAUUCAAUGGAGGGCUAUGGGACAGAUGCAGUUAUUUACCUAAAGGCUCUAUCAAAAGACUCAGUAGAAAGGCUACCGGUUUAUAACAAAUCUGCCUGGCGACACUACCAACAUAACCACGAGGCUGACGAUUGGUGUAUACCUAGUAGUGAUCCAAAGAACUUGGCUGUACACAAGAUUCAACAUUGAUGCUCACAGUCACCAGUUCAGUGACAUGAAAAGGAAUAAAUGGAGUUCAAUCUCCAUGUCAGCCACAUAAUGUGAAUUUUAGAUACAACAUGGUUCUUUGCAGAGAACAGUAGAAUAGAGGGGAUUAUAGAAGUAUGUGAUCUCCUUGAGUGAUCAACUUUCAGUUGACACUGACUCUUUUUUAAUAUUACUAUUCAAUGUAGGGAGAACAUGCUUAUGUAGAAAGAGGGAGAAAAGGGUGGCACUGUAAACAUGUGAAUGCAUUCCAAGAUUAGAAAACCCAAUUGCAAGCACUCUGGGUCCUAUUCAAAACUCUGUGUUGAUACAUGGGAUUGUGGUCUGGUUAGCAAUGCCGCAGGGAGGAAUGGACUUUUCUUAUCUUUGAGGAAAACCACUUUUGAACAUCAGAUUCUUGUCUUGCAUAUUACAAAGAAACAUUAAAAAUUCCAAUUGUAAUAUGAAUUAAUUUCCCUUAAUGCUAUUGCUGUAAAUGCCAGUAAGAUAAAAGUAGCUUUGAAAUCCCAAGUGGUAAAUAUGAUUGUAUUAUUAAAGUCAACUAUUUUUUUAGGUGUGUUGUAUUAAAUGGUUAGUCGGUUCUGAAGAUGGGUGCUCGUGAAAGGUUCUUGCCCUGCAUUGUAAUGUUAGGAAUAGGAUCCGAAACAUAGGAACAAGCAUAUGGCAUUCAGACUGUCAAGUUCGCUCUGUUGUUUCUGUUAACCAUACCAACACUAAUUCUAACUUUUAUGUCUUUUCACUGUUGCAAAAAUACUCAGUAAUGAUAAUUUGAGGCAUGAUUCUAUCUUUCUGAUUUUUUUGGAGGUAAAAUGGAUUUGCUGAACUUUCAUUACAUGAUUACAUUUCUAUACUGUACAUUCUUUAGCAGGAAUGAACUAUUUUCCUUGUCAAUUUUCUUCAUUUUUAGAGACUGGCUGAAUGUCAAUACCUUUAUGCUUCCACUACUGCCCUUGCCUCUCCAUUUUGAUAGGUUAGAUGCUUUUUUCCCCAAGAUCAGGUAAUCAUCUUAACAUGGGAAAAUCACGAAGAAUAUUCAGACCAAUACCAUGUGUAAUUGAAGUAAUUAUUCCUUUUAUAUUCUCAGCCAUUUUAUCAAAAGGCUCCCAACACUACCUCCCUUCCCACUUCUCCCCAUUUCCACCUGCUGGGCGGGGAAUUAUGAUCUAGGUAAUGCAUCUGCAAGAAAGAUAAUUUAACACAAUUGAAUUAAAUGUGCCAAUUUUUUUAACUAAUUACCUGCUGCCUGAAAAUCUGCUCUCUAAAACUCUCUUCCUCUGCAUACUAUUAGCUGCAACAUUUUCUCUAUCCUGUUAUAAAAUUAUUUUUAAUAUAGUAAAGUGCGACAUGUUUAUUUGUAUAUUAAUUCUUAUGUGACUGUAUAUGUGCUUGAAAUAAUGUUCCAAAGAUUAUUACAUUGGUGUAGAAAGUGAAAUACCUGCCUUUCAAAAUGUGAAGCAUUUACUAAAGGGCCUGUCCCACUUUCAUGACCUUUUUCACUCAUGGACAUUUCAUCAUGCUAAAAAAAACGCCCCGACCUACUUGAUGCCACGCGUACCUACGACUAGCAUCAUGGCUUCCUACGACCCCGUGAUGACCAUGCUGCGAGCAUGAGUCAAGGGCAAACUUGGCAGAGGUCGUGAAUUGAGUCAUGAAAGUGGGACAGGCCCAUAAGAUAGCUUAUCUUAAUCUAUCUGCUGAACUGUAGGUGUCAAGCAUAAAGCUUAUUUGUGUUUGUUUUCUAAACUAAUUUUGUAAUACAUGAACAUAAACUGAUUAUUUUUGGCUCUGAAUUUACUAUUGUAUAUUUGUGUACAUCAAUGUUAUACAUGGACUUAAAUAGAAUCAUGCUCAACCUGACAAACUAAGGUCGUAAUUGUUUAAACUCCUGUUAACCUUUAAGAUUGUUCAAAUAUGGUUGAAAUAUGCACUAUCAAAAAUCAUUUCUAAAUAAAAUAAUUUAAAAUGUA